AGUGAAAUUGUAUCUUAUUUUAUAAAGAAGUGACUUCAUUUUGGUUUAUAAGAACUUCCUAUAUAAGAUUUUCUUUUUAAUUUUCUUCAAAUCUUCUUAGUUGUUGUCUUCAUGCAUCAGCUGGAAUAUAACUCAACGAACCUGUAAUAGUGCUAUGAGUAUUGAAAUGGAGCUGGGAUUGUUAUUACUUUGAUGCGUCAUCUAUGAUUGUAUGGUUGAUUCAACUACUAAAUUGUUUUUUAUGAUUUAAAGAUUCAUUCGCUAUUUUAUAUUUUGAACUACCCUAGUCGUCAAGGGUCCCUAUUUUGUCAUUGUUUGCGAGGAUUUUAGAUAUUUGACUAGUAGUCAAACAAAUUCAUUAAACUAUGAGUCCAAUUAAGCAUCACAGUUGUUUCUAGCAUUCUGGAUAACAUGCAUGAUCUAUCUUCUCUUUAUUUCUGCAGACAAGUCAUAACGGACAGAAUAGACUACAAGGGCACAUCCACAUUUCCACCCCAAAGUUCUUCAGGGAUGAGAGUGUGUGUUGGAUGGCGCCAGUUCCUUUUGUUUGUGACGCUCGUUUUCUUUGUAACACAUUUUCUCUCAGUUUUGGAGUUGCAUCAAAACUCAAAUGCUAAAGAUUCACACCAAAAGAAAACCAGGAAAUUUGAUCAUCUGGUUUUUGGACCUGCUGCUGGUGAAGGUUUACCAAAUCGUUUGCAAUGCAAAGGUAUCAAGGCUCUUAACAAGACUCACAUAUCAUCAGUCUUCAAUAUUUCCGAUACCAGAGGUGGUGAUGGCGUUGCCUUUGUGACUGUUUUUACUGUUUAUAACUCUAGUGUUGAUGGUAGAGCUAGUGACUCGAGUAUCGUUGGGAAAGUUUUAUAUAACAAGGUGGAGCGGUCAAUGGCCGUCUUGAAUACAUUCAUAAAUUUUAUACAGAUGACGAUGCCUCAAAGCAACACGAUCAUCCUCACUGAUCCUGCAUCCAGUCUUCCACUGAAGCAAAACAGGGUGAUGGUGUAUCCCAUUCAAGGUGAAUAUUCACGCAACAAGUUGAUGCUUCAAAGAAUCAGGUCUUACAUUGCUUUUUUAGAGGAAAAGCUUGAAGAGCAGUCACGGAAGCCGGGGCAGAUUAGCCAUUUUAUCUUCACCGACUCCGAUAUAGCAGUAGUUGGUGACGUGGGGCAAAUAUUUAGCAAAUAUGAAAACUUUCAUCUGGCUCUCACUUUUCGUAAUAACAAACAGCAGCCUUUGAAUUCAGGGUUCAUAGCAGUUAGGGGAACCCCUGAUGGAAUUCUAAGAGCAAAGAUUUUCUUGGAGGAAGUCUUGAACGUUUAUACUUCAAAAUACAUGAAAGCUUCACGGAUGCUCGGCGAUCAACUUGCUCUUGCUUGGGUGAUAAAAUCGCAUGCUUCAUUCGAUGCAAAGGAGUUUAGUAGACACGAAGCGUUUCUUGAGGAAAUUGGCGGUGCAUCGGUCCUCUUCUUGCCUUGUGCAGUUUACAAUUGGACACCGCCCGAAGGUGCCGGUCAAUUUCAUGGCAUGCCCUUGGAUGUCAAGGUGGUUCAUUUCAAGGGAUCGAGGAAACGCCUUAUGCUCGAGUCUUGGAACUUCUUGAACUCUUCUUCAUCCUCCCACGAUCUAUCAGAUAUGUUGUGCCUUAUCUUGAGCAGUGGACGGACAAAGUACGAUUUUUGAAUUCGUGCUUAGAAAACCCGACAUUAUUCUUUUUUGUGAAAAUUUUGAUUGCGAACAAAAUUAGGGAUUUUACGUCCGAAAAACAAGAUGGAGAAAUCUUUUUGUGCUAUUUAUGGUUCUUUAUAUAAAUUUGUAGUAGUGUUGAUUUGAAAGUUCUU